GUUUUGCGAAACGAUGUGGGUGACGACCGCGGAAGCCGUCGAGAUGGACGUGUCGCCGUCGCUCCUGCCCGGCAACCUCUCGCGCGCCGGUGAUUAUGUGGCCUUUGCCUCCAUGGAGGACGUGGUUGUCUUCAACACCACGACCAACGCCAAGCCCAACAAGGUCUCGCUCGUCGAGAAGACUGUCGUUUACCAAGCGCUCGUGUGCGCGUUUGAGCGCGAGCAGCUUCUCGUGAUCGCCAACGAGUCGGGCUGCCAGAUCUGGGAUCUUCUCGGCGAACACUUGUACUUUUCGCUGGCGCUUACCAAGGAGCCGCCCAGUGGCAGCGAGGGCGAAUACCACUUUUGCCGCGGGAUCUGCGCCGAGACCACGACCAAGUCGAUCCUCGUGGGCUCGUCGCUCGGCAAGCUCUACAUGCUGUCGCAAACUGCGGCGGGCGAGGCCAAGGGUCGUGACCACUCGGAAUUCCACCUCCAGUCGACCGUUAAGGGCCACAACGCGGCCGUGCAGGCGGUAGCAACCAACGGCAGUGCAAAGGAGCCACUGGCUGUCAGCAGCGACGACGACGGCACGCUCAUCGUCUGGGGGGUUGAGCCCUCGGGGCUCGAGAAGAAGCAAGUGAUCCAAGGCACGUCGUUUCCGACCACGAGCCUCCGAUGCUUCCAGACGCGCUGGGUGCUCACGGGCGAUACAACUGGGAAAUUACGGCUCGUCGAUAUGCACGAUGGCGUCAUCUCGGCGGACGUCGGCGCGCACUCGCGCCAUCUCUCGGCGCUCGACGUGCACAACGACCGCGUCGCGACGGUCGGCGAAGACGGCUAUCUGCACGUGUGGAAGCUCAAGGACGACGCCGGUGCCACGGGUCUCCGCUUCGAACUCGAGCACUCGCACCGCGCCGGCGACGAUCUCAUGACGGGCGUCGCGUUCGCGUCGUCGACCAAGAUUCUCACAACCUCCUAUGACAGCACGCUCAUCAAGGCGUGGGUCGACGCAGCCUAGUUGCAAUGCAGCAAAACCGCCGAGUAGGAGUAGAGCGGCAGAGCUUGUAGCGAUGCCGUCCAUACAGGCGAUUACAGAGACGUCAAUCUACGGUAGCACUGUCUUGGUCGUCGUUGGCGACGCCCGCAAUGACCAUAGCUUUUGUC